CCUCCAAGAUCUCCCUCUUCUCUCCUUGCUUGCCUCGCCCGCCGUCCUCAUCGAAACGGCGGCGACGAUGCAACCGGUGGCUGGAGUCGAUCCGCGGCGCACCCCGUCGCCCCAGCCUUGGACGGCGGUGCGGUACCCGGCACCGGCGAUGGUGAUGCAGCACCCUAUGAUGGCGCCGCCGCCGCCACCGCCAUACGGGCAUCCCUUCGUUCCCUACCCCCAUCCCCCGACGCCUCCGCCUCAGCCGCCGUCGAAAUCGAACCGCCACCAGCAGGGCGACGAGGCGGCGGCGGAGGACGAGAAGCGGACGAUCUGGGUGGGGGACCUCCAGUACUGGAUGGACGAAAACUACCUCCUCAGCUGCUUCGUCCAUACCGGUGAGGUUGUCUCCAUAAAGGUUAUUCGCAAUAAGCAGACUGGACAAUCAGAGGGUUAUGGGUUUGUUGAGUUCCACUCACAUGCAACGGCUGAAAAAAUACUUCAGAGCUUCAGUGGUCAUCUGAUGCCUACCACAGAUCUGCCAUUUCGGUUAAAUUGGGCAUCAUUUAGCAUGGGAAAUAAGCGUUCAGAUCUUAGUUUCGAUCACUCUAUUUUUGUAGGUGAUUUAGCUUCUGAUGUUACUGAUGCAAUUUUGCAUGAAACUUUUGCUACUAAGUACCCAUCAGUAAAAGGUGCAAAAGUUGUUAUUGAUGUUAAUACUGGUCGUUCAAAAGGUUAUGGGUUUGUAAGAUUUGGAGAUGAGAAUGAGAAAAAAGUAGCUAUCACCGAGAUGAAUGGUGUUUAUUGUUCUACUAGGCCCAUGCGUAUUGGCCUUGCUACACCUAGAAAGUCUUCUGGUGGUCUUGGAUCUGAUGGUGCAUCUGCAACCGGCUCCCAGUCAGAUAUAGAUUCAGCUAAUACAACAGUAUUUGUUGGAGGGCUUGAUCCAGAAGUCAGUGAAGAUGAUCUGAAAGAAGCCUUUUCACAGUAUGGAGAAAUCACCUCUGUUAAAAUUCCAGUUGGAAAACAAUGUGGUUUUGUUCUUUUUGCCCAUAGAAAUAAUGCUGAAGAAGCAUUGCAACAGUUAAAUGGUACAAUUAUUGGCAAGCAAACAGUGCGUCUAUCCUGGGGUCGCAACCCUGCUAGGCAGUCAAGAGCAGAACGCAGUAAGCGGUGGAACGGUGUAUACUUUGGUGGGCAGGCGUAUGAUGGAUAUGGUUUGCCUCCUCACUACCCAGGGAUGUACACAGUACCGUAUGGGGCUUAUGCCUAUUAUGGCAAUCAACAGCAAGUGAACUGAGACACUAUUCUUGCCGAUUUAAAGACGCCGACUUGCAGCAUUGUUGUAGCAGUCAAUUAUAGUAGGUGACUUAGUAAAAAAAAAACACCCUGUCGUCGGUGUGAACGAAAGGUUCUUACUAUGUUUGAGAUUUUGACUAAACUUGGACCUCUAUUUGUGUGGAACUGGAUGCAGAUCAUUUUUAGCAGUGUGUGUGUGUCAGAUUAGGAAUUAUUGUUUUCAGAACAGUGAAUAGUGUGCAAAUAUUUAUUUCUUGGAA